CGCAGUAACGUUCUGUAAAAGACGUGGCAGAAGAAGCGUUACCGAUUGUCAACUUUACAUAUAGUUUGACAACGAUAAAUAACAUGAGUGCUGCUACAGAUCUUUUUAGGGUUUUAAGAAAGUUGUACGAUGCAUACAAUGAAAAAACACCUCAAAAACUUAAGAUCAUAGAUUCAUUUUUAGUUUAUGUUAUGCUGACUGGAAUUGUUCAGUUCGUUUAUUGCUGUCUUGUUGGAACAUUUCCAUUUAAUUCUUUUUUAUCUGGUUUUAUAGCUUGUGUUGGAACUUUUGUUCUUGGUGUGUGUUUACGAGUCCAGACUAACCCACGAAACAAAUCUGAAUUCAAAGGAAUUUCCGCUGAACGUGCAUUUGCUGACUUUAUUUUCGCUAAUGUUGUUCUGCAUCUUGUUGUCAUAAAUUUUAUUGGUUAAAAUGAAGAAUUUUUUGUGUAAA